GAAGAUCUGCAGGUGACGUGGCUUCUUCGCUAUCUCUACAUAACUAUCCAAACCUCACCAUUUCAAUAUCCCCUUUUGCACUUUUUUAAUCUUUCCUCUCUUCUGGUUUUGCCUUCGCUAUCGUGAGCUUCAGCUUUCAUCAAUCUCAUCCCUCCAUCCCCCACCAUUUUCGAUCAACGCGGUGCAUUUUAGCCUCAGAAGCUGAUCGAGCUAAGAUAUUUGUUUUUCCGAAAAGAAGAAAAAAUUUAGAAAAAAAUUACAAAAACACAGAGACAGCAAAAGCUUCGUAGAUUUUUAUCUUCUUUUGCCUUCGCUUGCGGCUCGCCGUAAACCCCCGGAAGAAUACACAUCCAGACGUCUGCUAACAUGCGCUUUCUCCGGUGAAGCGGGUUUUUUUUUUUUUUUUUUAAACUUUUUUAUUCAUUUCUGGUUGUCACGUUUGAUCUUCGCCUCUCCGACCUCCCGGAAGCAUUAGUUUGCCCUUUGCGGAGGAGUGUAAUUUGUACAACUUAAAGCGAUUGAUAACCGGUUGCACAGUCUCAUGAGCUUUUAACAGAUGGUUUCUUUUUGGUUUGAUUCUGGUGUGGUGGGUGUUUAAUGAGAUGGGUGAUCUUCUGAUUCGUGAAUGAAGUCGGUGAUCGAAACCCUAACCCUAAUUUGGAUUCUGUGGGAAGGUUGAAGAAACUGCGGAUGGAACUUCUCUAGAAGGGAAUCGCGUUUUGUAUAGGUCCUGGUUCAUCGGUUAUGGAUUGCAAGGAGCUCAAUUUGAACGAAGAUUGUGGUGCCUGUGGUAGCGGGGUAAAAAAUGGAGGAGAUGCGUUUAUAGACAGGAGCAAAGUGAGGAUUUUGCUGUGCGAUAAUGAUUCAAAAAGUUCAGAAGAGGUUUUCAAGCUUCUUUUGAAAUGUUCCUACCAGGUCAUUUCCGUGAGCUCAGCUAGACAGGUCAUCGAUGCUUUGAAUGCGGAGGGACCUGAAAUUGAUAUUAUACUCUCAGAAGUUGACCUGCCAAUGGCCAAAGGUAUGAAAAUGUUGAAGUAUAUCACCCGGGAUAAAGAGCUCCGGCGCAUUCCUGUUAUCAUGAUGUCAACACAAGAUGAAGUCCCUAUUGUCGUUAAGUGCUUGAGGCUUGGAGCAGCCGACUAUCUUGUAAAGCCUUUACGGACAAAUGAGCUAUUAAACUUGUGGACGCAUAUGUGGAGAAGAAGACGCAUGCUUGGACUGGCAGAAAAAAACAUUUUGAACUAUGAAUUUGAUUUGGUGGCAUCAGACCCAAGUGAUGCCAACACAAAUAGUACUACUUUGUUCUCGGAUGACACUGAUGACAAGUCACGUAGGAGCACAAAUCCAGAGAUGGGAGUUGCAACACUCCAGGAAGAUGAGUCUGGUAUUGCUGCCGCACUGGUAGAACCUCCUGCUGUUCAUACAGUGGAACAUCAGCCAGAUGUACCUGGAAUUAGCGAGCGCCGAAUCGGGCAAACAUCCUCAUGCCCCAGAAAGAGUGAACUAAAGAUUGGGGAAUCAUCCGCAUUCUUUACGUAUGUCAAAUCAAGAAGUGUGAAGACUAAGGCAGUAGACGUUGAGGACAAUGGCAAACGACUUUGGCUGGAUGAAAAUCAUCAAGAAAAAACUGGUCAGCCUGUAGUUCGUCUUCCCCCAAUACCAGAAAGUGUGGAGGCCCUGGAAAGCCAUUCACAAGGAGACGAAAUCCCAAGUAGUACUAGUUUUCCUGAUUCUUUUUCUGUGGAGAGAUCUUGUACGCCACCUGCUGGCUCAGGAGUUCACAAGGAAAGGAGCUUCAAUGAAGAAAAUUGCUCUCAAGUGCAUGUGCAACCGCCAAAUGGAUCUCAACUUGAUAUUUCAGGCCUACCUGUGCAAACACAAACUGCUUAUCCUUUCUAUACGCCAGAAGGUAUGAUGUCGGCGCAACUGUACCACAAGAACUUGCACGAUAUGCAUAAUCAUGCGGCAAUGAUGUCACAGUACGGUCAUUUUCAUCAUUGCCCUCCCAAUGUAAGUGGGGUGGCAUCUUAUCCUUAUUACCCCAUGAAUAUAUGUUUACAACCUGGUCAAAUGCCCGCUGCUAAUAAUACUCAUUCAUGGCCAUCUUUUGGAAAUGCAUUGUCCAAUGAAGCGAAAUCAAACAAAUUUGAUAGAAGAGAGGCAGCACUGAUUAAAUUUAGGCAGAAAAGGAAAGAGCGGUGUUUUGAUAAGAAGAUUAGGUAUGUUAAUAGGAAGCGACUUGCAGAAAGGAGGCCCCGUGUGCGGGGUCAGUUUGUGAGAAAGGUAAAUGGUGUCAAUGUAGAUCUUAAUGGACAACCUGCAUCUGCUGAUGAUGUCGAGGAUGAAGACGAGGAGGAGCAACUAUCAAGGGAUUUCUCUCAUGAGGAUGAUGGUUUAGGAUAUUAGAAAAGAUAUGCUGACCAAGUGACCAAGGAAAUUCAUUUGGUGGAAUGGUUGAGUGGCCUUAAUAUCCCUGGAAGACCUGAAAUUUAUGCUCUUAAAGUUUUAUGAAUAUUACUCGUUCCUGUAUGGUUUACGAUGGAAUAUUUAUGAAGAAUGCGUAACCACUUUAAUCCAGGGAAGCAAGCAAGUGCGCAUGUUUACUGCAUGCACUCAUUGUUGGCAGGAGAUCCAAUUCUGCUGUUACUACAUGAUCAUUUGCUUGCACCAGGUCCUAGUAGCCCUAUGGUAACUGGUGUCUGGAAGCUGCAUCUCUUGAGAUUAAUUUUACCCGGUCUUGCUGCUCAUGCAGUUCCUAAGCAGGGGGGGUCUUGAUGCCCAAAGUACACGUGCCUCAAUAUCAUCUCCCUGGUAAAACUGAAAUGGGUCGAAUCAAUCAAUAGAGAAUUUGACCUACACUGGACAUUUGCAGAGAAGAAUAGCUUGUUGGAAAUUCGUCCAAAUGAAGCCUAGAUCUUGCCUUACCCCCAAUCCCAACUUAUGUGGUUUGUGAAAGAUGGACCAAUUUUAUCCAAACUGUGAACUAUUUUUCAUGUGAUUUGUCUGAUAAGCCGAUGAAAGAUGUGUUCAUAAAAUUAUUUGUUAAGGCUGUGGGAACUUGAUUCUGUAGUUCCAGAGCACAGCCAGCAACUUGAAUUGUAAAGUCCCAUAUUUGUUUGGGAUGCUAUUGUUUUACUGGAGGAAAUGUGAACCUGCAUUUACGUUUCAAUAAGGUUGCACUGGAUCA